GAGAACAGGCCGAAAUCUGAAGCAACGCAGGUAUGAUAGGGACAAGAUAGCUUUUAAAUGUGUAGGUGGUGAUAAUGAAGGUGAAGGAUGCCCUUGGAAAGUCUACGCAUCAUCUCUUCCGACUGAUCCCAUAUGGAAAAUUAGGGUCUUUGUAGAUAAUCAUUGUUGUGUGCCUAAUGGAGAGUGUGAGAUGCUAAAAGUCCCACAGAUAGCUAGAUUGUUUGUUGAUAAAAUCAGAGAGGAACCAGAAUAUAUGAUGCCCAUGAAGAUUGAAGAAACGAUUAUGGAGAAAUGGGGAAUCUGUGUGUCUCGGGCUCAAUGUCAGUUUGCAAGGACCAAGUCUUUGAGGUGGAUCGAAUGUGAAUAUGAUCUUCAAUUUGCACGUCUAAGAGAUUAUGCAGCUGAGUUAGUUCACUCAAACGAGAAUUCGACGGUUGCGAUAGAAACCUUGACAAAUGAACAAGGUAAAGAGGAAUUUAACAGUUUUUAUGUCUGCUUUGAUGCUCUUAGAAGAACAUGGAAAGAGACAUGUAAGCCAUUGAUAGGAGUCGAUGGCACAUUCCUCAAACACAAGAUUAAAGGCCAGCUGUUAUCUGCAUUAGGAAGAGAUGCAGAUAAUCGUAUUUAUCCAAUAGCAUGGGUGUUGUUCAAGCAGAAAAUACAGAAAACUGGACAUGGUUUCUGAAGAAGUUAAAGGUUGAUUUGGGUCUGAAUGAUGGUGAUGGUUUUAUCUUGGUCUCGGAUAGGCAAAAGGGAUUGAUUGCAGCUGUCAAGACAGAGCUUCCAAAUAUUGAACACAGAAUGUGUGUUAGACACAUCUAUGGUAACGUGAAGAAGAAUCAUGCGAGUAAACAAGAGUUAAAGACAUUGAUAUGGAACUUGUCUUGGAGCUACAAUGAAGCAGAGUUUGAGCAACGCUUGGAUAGAAUUCGCUGCUAUGACACUGGUGUCUUCAAUGACGUUCAGAAGACAAAACCAAGGAGCUGGUGCAGAGCGUUCUACAAGUUAGGAAAUUACUGUGAAGAUGUGGAAAACAACUCCACCGAAUCUUUCAAUAAUUCAAUAAAAAAAGUAAGGGAGAAGGCCUUUGUGCCAAUGCUAGAAAUGAUCAGAAGACUCGCUAUGGUACGUAUUGCUAAGAGAUCUGCUGUCGCUCGUGAUCAUAAAGGGAUUUGUACUCCGUAUGUAACUAAAUUCCUAGCAAAGGAGAAGAAGAAAGCUUCUGACUGCAAAGUCAAUUAUAGUACUAAUGGUGACUAUGAAGCAAGAUUCAGUGGAUGUACUUACCGUGUCAAUCUGUUGGCUCGGACUUGCACUUGCAUGAAGUUUCAGAUUUGUGGAAUUCCCUGUGAACAUGCGUAUGGAGUGAUUAUUCAAAAGAAGUUUGUGCCCGAAAAUUAUGUCUGUCGUUGGUUCCGCACAGAUAUGUGGAGGAGAAACUACACCAAUGGACUUGUUCCAGUGAGAGGUGCUCCGUUUUGGCCUGCAACAGAAACUCCUGAUGUGCAUAUUCCUGCAACUGAGCCGCGACAACCAGGGAGGAAGAAAAUCACUAAAGCGGAUAAAGAGAGGAAGAAAGUGGUUCACGAGUCUCCGACCAAGAAGAAACAGAAAGAGAAAAAGAGAAUUAUGCAUUGCAGUGUAUGUGGUACAGCUGACCACAACUCCAGGUUUCACAAAAAGAAAAAAUCACAGGCUUCUCAGGAUGAUUUGUCUCAGAUCACCCUCAGUCAAGCUGAAUCUUCUCAGGCCAUGGCACCUCUUGGAUCUAAUGAUUCUUGA